AAACAGCUCAGACUUGAAGCUGUUGCAGGCCAAGGAAGAGGAGGAAGGGGCAGUGGGAGCCGAGGAGGUGGCCCUGCAGUGCCAUCCUGAAGAGGGAGAGGGGACCUGGGCGUGGGUGGGGGCUCUGGAAUGCAGCCCCCUUCCCUCCUGCUGCUGCUGCUGCCCUGUUUUCCACUGGCCAUGACCAGAGGGCUGCGGUGCGGGGGUUUCCCAAAGCCCUGCGCCAACGGAGGCACCUGCCUGAGUCCACCUCUGGGGCCCGGGGCCUGCCGGUGCGCCCCCGGCUUCCUGGGUGAGAUGUGCCAGUUUCCUGACCCCUGCCAGGAGGCCCAGCUCUGCCAGAAUGGGGGCAGCUGCCAGGCCCUGCUUCCCACCCCCCUAAGCUCCCCCAGUGCCCCCUCUCCGCCGGCCCCCAGCUUCUUCUGCACCUGCCCCUCCGGCUUCACUGGCAAGCGGUGUGAGGCCCAGCUCGAAGACCCCUGUCCUCCCUUCUUCUGCUCUAAGAAGGGCCGAUGCCACCUGCAGGGCCCAGGCCGCCCAAGGUGCUCCUGCCUGCCUGGGUGGACAGGCGAGCAAUGCCAGCUCCGGGACUUCUGCUCAGCCAGCCUGUGCACCAGCGGAGGCGAGUGUCUGACCACCUACCCCCAGAUCCAGUGCCGCUGCCCACCAGGCUUGAAGGGCCACACCUGUGAGCACGAUGUCAAGGAGUGCUUCCUGGACCAGGGCCCCUGCCCGGAAGGCGCCUCCUGCCAUAACGUCCUGGGCUCCUUCCGGUGCCUCUGCCCUGCAGGCCAGAAGGGUCCCCACUGUGCGCUCCAGAAAGGACCCUGCCCUGCUGGGGGCUGUCCAAAUGGGGGCACCUGCCAGCUGGUGCCAGGGGCAGAUGCCAGCUUUCACCUGUGUCUCUGCCCUCCAGGUUUUACUGGCCUGGACUGUGAGGUGAAUCCAGACGACUGUGCCAAGCACCACUGUCAGCACGGGGGCACCUGCCAGGACGGGCUGGGAGCCUACACCUGCCUCUGCCCAGACACCUGGACAGGCUGGGACUGCUCUGAAGAUGUGGACGAAUGUGAGGCCCAGGCUCCCGCUCGCUGCAGAAACGGGGGCACCUGCCAGAACUCGGCUGGCGGCUUCCACUGUGUGUGUGUGAGUGGCUGGGGCGGCUCAGGCUGCGAAGAGAACCUGGACGACUGCAUUGAUGCCACCUGUGCCCCAGGAUCCACCUGCAUUGACCGAGUGGGCUCCUUUGCCUGCCUCUGCCCACCUGGGCGCACAGGGCUCCUGUGCCACUUGGAGGACAUGUGUCUGAGCCAGCCGUGCCACAGGGAAGCCCAGUGCAGCACCAACCCGCUGACGGGCUCCACCCUGUGCCUGUGCCAGCCUGGCUACUCGGGGCCCACUUGCCACCAGGACCUGGACGAGUGCCAGAUAGCCCAGCAAGGCCCCAGCCCCUGUGAACACGGUGGCUCCUGUCUCAACACCCCGGGCUCCUUCCACUGCCUCUGCCCCCCUGGCUACACUGGCUUGCGCUGCGAAACCGACCACAACGAGUGCCUGUCCCAGCCCUGCCACCCAGGCAGCACCUGCCUGGACCUGCUCGCCACCUUCCACUGUCUCUGCCCACCAGGGUUAGAAGGGCAGCUCUGCGAGGUGGAGACCAACGAGUGCGCCUCAGCUCCUUGCCUCAACCACGCCAACUGCCAGGACCAGCUCAACGGCUUCCUCUGCGUCUGCCAGCCCGGAUACACAGGUACCUGGUGCGAGGAGGACGUGGAUGAGUGUGUGAGCUCUCCCUGCACCAAUGGUGGACACUGCCAGGACCAGCCCGGAGCCUUCCUCUGCAAGUGCCCCGCAGGCUUUGAAGGGCCGCGCUGUGAGACGGAAGUGGACGAGUGUCUGAGUGGUCCGUGUCCCAGCGGAGCCAGCUGCCUCGAUCUCCCAGGAGCCUUCUCCUGCCUCUGCCCCGCCGGCUUCACAGGCCCACUCUGCGAGGUGCCCCUAUGCGCCCCCAACCUGUGCCAGCCCGAGCAGCAAUGCCAAGAACCAGACCAUGGGGUCCACUGCCUCUGCCCCGAUGGAAGCCCCGGCUGCGCCCCUGCAGGGGACAACUGCACCUGCCACCACGGACGCUGCCACAGGUCCGCAUGUGUGUGUGACGUGGGGUGGACCGGGCCGGAGUGUGAGGCAGAGCUGGGGGGCUGCGUCUCAGCCCCCUGUGCCCAUGGGGGGACCUGCCACCCUCGGCCCCCUGGCUACAACUGCACCUGCCCAGCAGGCUACACAGGGCCCACCUGCCAUGAAGAGGUGACAGCCUGCUACUCCGAGCCCUGUCUCAAUGGUGGCUCCUGCAGCCCCCACCCCAGGGGCUACUCCUGCACCUGCCCCCCAAGCCACACAGGGCCCCAGUGCCAAACCUCUGCCGAUCACUGCGCAUCCGCCCCAUGCCUCCACGGUGGCACCUGCGUGGACAGACCCAGCACCUUCUCCUGUGUGUGUGCCGCUGGUUUCCAGGGCUUGCGUUGUGAGAGAAAGGCCGAGCCGAGUUGUGCAGACAGUCCCUGUAGGAACAGGGCCACAUGCCAAGACAACCCUCAAGGUCCCCGCUGUCUCUGCCCCUCUGGCUACACAGGAAGCAGCUGCCAGACGCUGGUGGACCCCUGUGCCCAGGAGCCCUGCCCACCCACCUCCCGCUGCCUGCAGAACGGGGCCUCCUUCCAGUGCCUGUGCCUCCAGGGCUGGACCGGGCCUCUCUGUGGCAUCCCCCUAUCUGCCUGCCAGAAGGCUGCACUGAGCCAAGGCGUAGAGGUCUCUGCCUUGUGCCAGAAUGGAGGCCUCUGCAUGGACAGCGGUGCCUCCCACUUCUGCCACUGCCCGCCGGGCUUCCAGGGCAGCUGGUGCCAGCACCGUGCAAACCCCUGUGAGUCUGGGCCUUGCCACAACGGGGCCACCUGUGUGGCCCAGACGGGCGGAUACCACUGCCAGUGCACCCCGGGCUACAGUGGAGAGAACUGCUCAGAGGAACUCAGCGCCUGUCAGUCCCAGCCCUGUCACAACCACGGAACCUGCACCCCCAGGUCUGGAGGCUUCCACUGUACCUGCCCUGCAGGGUUCGUGGGGCUGCGCUGUGAGGGGGACGUGGAUGAGUGUCUGGAUCGGCCUUGUCACCCCACCGGCACGGCAGCCUGCCGCUCACUGGCCAACGCCUUCCACUGCGACUGUCUGCCUGGACACACAGGCCAGAGGUGUGAGGUGCAGAUUGACCCCUGCCAGAGCCAGCCUUGCUCCCACGGGGGCUCCUGCCAGGCCACAGCAGGACCAGCCCCGGGGUUCACCUGCAGCUGUCCCAAGGGUUUUGAAGGCCCCACCUGCAGCCACAGAGCUCCCUCCUGCGGCCCCCACCACUGCCACCACGGAGGCCUCUGCCUGCCCUCCCCUAAGCCGGCCUCCCCACCCCGCUGUGCCUGCCUCGAUGGUUUUGGGGACCCCGACUGCCUGACCCCACCAGCCUCCCAAGGCUGCGGCCCCCCGAACCCCUGCCUGCACAAUGGAAGCUGCUCCGAGACCCCUGCGCUGGGGGGACCAGGCUUCCGGUGCUCCUGCCCCCCAGACUCUCCAGGGCCACGGUGCCAAAAGCCGGGAGCCAAGGGCUGUGAAGGCAGAGGAGGAGAUGGGGCCUGUGACGCGGGCUGCAGUGGCCCCAGUGGAGCCUGGGACGGAGGAGACUGUGCCCUGGGGGUCCCAGACCCAUGGAAGGGCUGCCCCCGCCACUCCCAGUGCUGGCUUCUCUUCCGGGAUGGGCAGUGCCACCCGCAGUGCAACUCGGAAGAGUGUCUGUUUGACGGCUAUGACUGUGAGCCACCUCCUACCUGCAACCCGGCCUAUGACCAGUACUGCCAAGACCACUUCAACAACGGGCACUGCGAGAAGGGCUGUGACACGGCAGAAUGUGGCUGGGACGGGGGUGACUGCAGGCCCGAGCAGGGGGCCUCAGCGUGGGGGCCCUCCCUGGCCCUGCUGGUGGUGCUGAGAGCUCCAGCGCUGGACCAGCAGCUGCUUCACCUGGCCCGGGUGCUGUCCCUGACUCUGCGGGUGGGGCUGUGGGUGAAGAAGGAUCCAGAAGGCAGGGAUAUGGUGUUCCCCUACCCUGGGGCCCAGGCCGAGGCGGUGCUGAGAGGAAGUGGGGAGCCCUCCCCCCAGGAAAGCACAGCCCCGCACCUCCAGCCCCCAGGCCAGGACACAGACUCCCUUGGCUCUGGGUUCGUGGUGGUGAUGGGCAUGGAUCUGUCCCGCUGCGGCGGCCCCGAUCAGCCCACGUCCCGCUGUCCCUGGGACCCCGGGCUCCUGUUCCGCUUCCUUGCUGCAACAGUCGCUGUGGGGGCCCUGGAGCCCCUGCUGCCCGGUGCCCUGCUGGCCGUGCAUCCCAGCACCGGCACAGCACCCCCCACUCGCCAGCUUCCCUGGCUUGUGCUGUGCUCGCCAGUGGUCGGGGUGCUGCUCCUGGCCCUCGGGGCUCUCCUGGUCCUACAGCUCAUCCGCCGCCGUAGACGCCGAGAGCAUGGGGCCCUCUGGCUGCCUCCAGGUUUCAUCCGGAAGCCUCGGACCCAGCAGGCUCCGCACCGCCGCCGGCCGCCGCUGGGCGAGGAUAGCAUUGGCCUCAAGGCACUGAAGCCAGAGGCUGAAGUUGAGGAGGAUGGAGUGGUUAUGUGCACAGGCCCGGAGGAGGGAGAGGAGGCUGAAGAAACGGCCCCACCUCCCAAAUGCCAGCUCUGGCCACUGAACAGCAGGUGUGGGGAGAUCCCUCAGGUAGCUAUGCUGACCCCGCCCCAGGAGGCCUCUGAUGUGGACACCUUCGGACCUGAUGGGGUGACACCCCUCAUGUCGGUAGUCUGCUGCGGGGGAGUGGAGUCUAGAACCUUUCAGGAGGCGUGGCUGCGAAGUCCUGAGCACUGGGAACUUCUGCUGGACGGAGGGGUCUGUCCCCAGCCCCACACCGUGGGUACCCAGGAGACCCCCCUACACCUAGCUGCCCGAUUCUCCCGGCCAACUGCUGCCCGCCGCCUCCUGGAGGCCGGAGCCAACCCCAAUGCGCCAGACCAGGCAGGGCGCACUCCGCUGCACACCGCUGUGGCCGCUGAUGCCAGGGAGGUCUGCCAGCUCCUGCUCAGCAGCCGACUGACUGCAGUAGACGCUCGAAGUGAGGACGGGACCACACCCUUGAUCCUAGCGGCCAGGCUGGCGGUGGAAGACCUGGUUGAAGAACUGAUUGCAGCGCGAGCAGACGUGGGAGCCAGAGAUAAAUGGGGGAAAACCGCGCUGCACUGGGCCGCCGCUGUCAACAACACCCGGGCCGCCCGCUCCCUUCUACAAGCUGGAGCUGAUAAGGACGCGCAGGACAGCAAGGAGCAGACGCCACUGUUUCUGGCGGCUCGGGAAGGCGCAGUGGAGGUAGCCCAGCUGCUGCUCGGACUAGGGGCGGCCCGUGGGCUGCGGGACCACGCUGGACUGGCGCCGAGGGACAUUGCUCGCCAGCGUAACCACUGGGAUCUGCUAACGCUACUGGAAGGGGUGGGGCCGGCGGAGGCGCGUCACAAAGCGGCGCCAGGUCGCGAGGCCGGAGCCUUCCCGCGCGCGCGCACCGCGUCAGCAAGCGCGCCUCCGCGCGGGGGCAGGGUCCUGCCGCGUAGCCGGACGCUGUCAGUCGGAGCCCGCCCCCGCGGUUUCAGGGCCUGUGCGCACGCGCGGACCUCCUCCGGAGACGUGGCCGCGCGGAGAGGCGGGGCCUACGCACGCUGCCGGAGCCCGUCUGGUGCUGGUGCUCUGGGCGGCCGGAGGUGGUCUGCGGACUCGCGCGCGCCCCGGUCCGGCCAUGAAGCGACGCGAGGACGACCCAGGCCCCCGGCCGGUCUCGGGGAUUUGGCCUCCGCGGCCGACCAGCCCUGUGAUUGGGUGACCUUGGGAGCCUGCUGCCCCACCGCCAGCUCUCCGAUGCCGCCCCUGUGCCUUACGCCUUCCCCCGAGCGGGGAUCCCCGCACGUUGCGUGGGGUUUGCCUGUCCACCAAGUCAUGCCCUUAAACCCAGGACUAGAUGGUCAAAAAUAGACUUUGUGAAUGGAAUUGUAAAAAUGAUUGCCCAUUAAAUGGCCAAUCUGGAAAGCCCUCCAGACUAGAACUACGCUCCAAAUCUAGCUCAGAGGAGUCCUGAGUUAAAUUUCCCUCCGGAAAUCAGCAUAUGCCCAACAGGAAAGAUGUCCUCUUCCCACUUAGGAAAACUGCAGCGCUGGAAAAAGGGUUUAGGAUGCCGAGAUGAGGCUCCGUCCCUCUCCUAGAAAACAGGAUAAGAGGCUGAAAGACAAAUUGGAGCGGGAGAAGGAUCCCUUAUGCUGGGAUCCUGGGAGCCUGGAACUGCCCUCUCUUCCAUUCACGGUUCCCAAAGGCCUCCCCUACCAUCCAUCGCCCCCACUGCGGCCCGCAAACGGCUGCCAGAUAUGGGAACCUAUGCUGAACCUAGGGUGCCUGAAGGCUGCUCUGUUAACACCUUGCUCUGCCUUUACAAAAGCCACUGUUCUGGCCAUCGCCAUCUCUUAAAGAUCCUUAGUCUGUCACCUAUAAAAAAGUUAAUUUGAA